AUGAGGGCACUGUGGUACGACGUCUUCAAAGACGGGAAAACAGGAGCAGAUGCUUCGCCAAACGUGCUCGCAGAGGAAACCAAGUUGGCCUGGAGCACAAAUGUCUCUGGGAAAAACACCCGAUUUUUCAACGUUAUCCAGGACGAUAACGAGGAUAUUGCAGGAGCCGUGGUGCACUUUUCCGGAAUCGAAUCCUAUGACAGUUUACUGGAAUUUACAAGGGCUAUUCCGUGGAUGCAACAUGACUUCGCUGCUGGCAAGUACUGCGAUGUCGAACAUGUAAAGCGCCUCCAACCAUUCAGAACGAGCCCGACCGUCGCUUGGUACGCUGUAUUGUCUGCAAAAGAACGUGAUGGCUAUGACGAAAAUUACGGGUUGGAUGAUGCUCUUCAAGCAUUCCGCUUGCUCAAAAGCAAUAUUACCGAAGAAGUGUUUGAUCUCCUUUCUCCAGACCAAGGCAAAGUAAGCCGUUUUGCAAACGAUAGAAAGGAGGCGGAAGGAUACUUGAAACAAUUCCUAUCCGUCCGCGAGGAAACUGUUGAUGUUCUCAUCCUGAGAACCAAAUCCACUUGUGUUUGGGAUUUUGCCUUCUUCUAA